AUGGAACGAACAUAUCCGAAUGGAACCAGCUACUUUUAUCUGGGUCGGGAAUUGAACAUGAUGAACGACCUGACUCCAGAGCUGGGCGGGAGGAGACGAGGGGCUUGGGGAGCGUAUAAGAUCAUUGAGGAUGUAGUGAAGAAGACCAGGAACACCCGACUCCAUGCUCACCUCUUCAACACCACCGUACUUCCUGCUCUGACCUAUACUUCGGAAACCUGGGCAUUUCGCAAGCAGGAAGAAAACGCGGUGAGCGUCAUUGAACGCGCAAUUGAGAGAGUGAUGCUAGGAGUAUCCUGUUUUAUGCAAGUGAGGAACGGGAUUGGAAAUUCUCUCCUACAUCGACGAUCGAAGAUUAGAGACGCCGCCGCGUUUGCCAAGGAAAGUAAGAUAAGGUGGGCCGGAUACGUGAUGCGCUUUAAUGAUAACCGUUGGACCAGAGCCAUGAGCGACUGGGUUCCUUGCGAUAUUAAGCGCACUACAGGAAGACCGCCGACCCGAUGGUCAGAUUUCUUCAUGAAGUCCUUCAAAGAAAAUUAUGAUGCUCUUCGUGUCCCACGCGAAAGGAGGAACCACUGGGAGACUCUGGCACGCGAUCGGGACAAAUAG